UCAGCUCAGGACCAGAUCAGCUCAGCUCAGGACCAGGACCAGACCAGCCCCCAUGAAGGAGAAUAAAAACAUGCAGAAGAGCACAGAGACAGCAGCCGUCAGGUGCAAAUUAGUCCUGGUCGGGGAUGUGCAAUGCGGAAAGACUGCGAUGCUGCAGGUGUUGGCUAAGGAUUGCUACCCAGAGACCUACGUGCCCACAGUGUUUGAGAACUACACGGCCAGUGUAGAGGUGGAGGAGCUGCGAGUGGAGCUCAGCCUCUGGGACACAUCAGGUUCCCCGUAUUACGACAACGUGCGGCCGCUCUGUUACAGCGACUCGGACGCUGUCCUCGUCUGUUUUGACGUCAGUCGCCCUGAAACCUUGGACAGCGCCAUCAAAAAGUGGAAGACUGAGAUCCAGGAUUAUUGCCCGACCACUAAGACCUUACUGGUUGGCUGUAAGAAUGAUCUCCGCACUGACUACAGCACCGUGUUGGAGCUGUCCAGCCAGAAACAAGCUCCCAUUUCCCACGAGCAGGGCUCCCUCUCGGCCAAGCAGCUGGGGGCGGAUGCGUACCUGGAGUGCUCGGCCUUCACGUCGGAGAAGAGCGUUAACAGUGCUUUCCGCGUGGCCUCGCUGGCCUGUCUCAACAGACUGAGUCCCCAGAUCAAGAGCAGCCAAUCCCGGAGGUUCUCCAAACGCCUCCUGACCAUCCCCAGCCGCUCCGAGCUCUCCGUCGUCUCCAAAACCUUCCAGAAGCAAAAAGCCAAGAGCUGCGCCAUCAUGUGA